AUGUUUGAUGACUCUAGCGACGAUAGUGGCCCCGAGCGCCCCCCGAACUUUUGGGUUGAAUCUCGAUGUCGGCUAUGCUGCUUUCACUUUGAGAAUGGCGACGAGAUCAUUGCCAACCUAGAUGGCCAGAGAUCGCCCUUUACUUAUGCUUUUGUUCACGACCAGCAAACCGAGCUUGACCCUGUAUUUUUCAUGGACGUCAACGUUACAUUCAGCCGCGACGGCACGAAACCUCCACACAGAGUCAAACUUGCCGCCGGCUACCAUGAGGAAUGCCUUAACUAUUGGGGAUCGUCGUUCCCGCCUGCGGACUUCCCGGCUGCCACUCGCUUCUCUUUUACAACCCCCGUAUACAAGGAGCAGCAGCGUAAACUGCGGAUUGAAAACUUACUGCUCCGCAAGUUGCAGAGAGGUGAAAUCCUGGUCGGAUCGGCAGUCUUGCCUGUGGAAACGUCGGCGAUGAUCAUGCGUAUGCUCGUGCGGUGGUUUGCUGCCAGCUCUACAAAGCAGCUCUGGGAGGACCGGACCAGCUGUGGCGCUGUGCUGGAUUGCGCAAAGGGCGUCUGGGCGCAGUACGUGCACGUCGAUGGCGUACGUUACAUUGCCAAGCUAACGAGCUCGCCCGAAGCUGAUGGCAUCCGGCUAUUGAAUGGGGAGACGGCAUCGGAGAAGACGGUACUCUACGUGGCGGAAGACCACCUGGGAGUGCGGCAGCUGGUGUUUGCCGAGCCGGACCGUGACCUCUCGACGCUGCCAGGCGUAACAGGCCCGGUAGAUGUAGCCAAGUCCAGCGACGGCAGAGCUUCCAUAUGGUGGAGGACUUUGAAUCUUGCUGUCGAUAGCCGGCUCCAUGCGGAUUCAGACGGGCUGAAGAUCCGGACGAUUCGAGUUUGCAGUGUCCACGACAGGCUGCCAGGCCCCAAUCGAACGCUGAAAGGCACGGUUUGGCCGACCCCUAUGUCCCCGUCCGAGCUUGCGGCACUGUUUUACCUCAAGUGCACCCCGUCGCUUUGCCGAGAAGGCGAUCCUGGCGACCAUUGCAUGACAUCCGUUGUAUGCAAUGACCCGGACGUGACGGGAUAUACUGGCUUCUGGGCGCAUAAUCUGGUGACUAUCCAUGCCCACCGGCAUGGCAAGGACACAUCGUUCUAUCAGGACUUCGACAGAUUGGACCCAGUGUUUGGCGUGUGGCAAUACUUUAGUAUAGGACAAGACGAAACGAUCACCGACUUGUUUCUUCAAAGGGGCCCCCGAAACGAGCACGUCAGCCUUCUGUUUCGUACGAGCCUCGGCAAGAGUUUUGUGUUUGGACCUACUUGGAGACCAACCCUGUCGCCUCGAGCAGUAGAGUCAGAAUACUACUUGUACGAGCACGUCUACCAUCUCCCAAUUAAUAUGCCGACCGAAAUUUUCUUUGAUGUGUCACCUGUGGGCAUGCACAAGCUGGGCCUUGCUCGAGGCGAUGGGCAGCAAGCCGGAUCUAUCCCGCCUAUCGGAGCAGUAGAAGCGCCGACAUGUCCCGAGUUUGGCGAUUUAUUUGUCUCUACCGUGGAUCUAGAUAGAGAAUGUGACACGUUGUAUCUCGGAUUUCACAGCGGCAGCAUAUACGACCGCAACCCUCGGCACCUAAUACGCAUCUCGGUCGACCCUAAGACGAUUGAGCCGACACUGACGUGGACGACUCUGCCUCUGAAGGGCGUCGCAGAGCUGUGGUUCUGUCAAUCGUUCUUCCACCUUACUCAUGCCUUACUAGAGCGUACGUAA